GAACACAUUUCUACCGAUGCCAUCCUCAGAGAGCACGAUACUAAGUUAAAACAACUUGAGGUAGAGAAAGUUCGACUUUUUAAAAAGCUGCAACUGCCUGACUGUACAGAACCGCUCGAUAUUGAAGGCGAAAUGGAAGAAAUCAGUUGUCUCUUUUACCUUGACAAGCAGGUUUGCUAUGUUCAUCCGGAUCGCCAUGAAUACAAGCCCACAAGCCUCCACCUUUGGUGAACUACCACACUUCUUCUGCCAUGUACCGGUACAUUACACUUCAUCAUGCCGUCCACUCUGACGAAACCUGGGUCCCGUUGAGAGAAGGCAGCCGUGAAGACUUUGGCCUACCAGAAACCAUCAACCAUGCGGUCGGAAUUUCUGAUUACAUCACUGCAGAUGACUUUCUCAAUUUUAUCGACAAGAGCCAUGCGGGCGCCCGACUUAGUCCCAGUUUGAUUGGGGCACUUUUCGUAUCCAAAGUAUCCAAAGGCUCCACAUUUUGUGCGAUCAACCGGAUGAAGCAAAAGAAGAAGAAUCCAGGUGCAUUGCCUCGAUUGAUGACCUUUCACGCCUUGUUUCAGCAGAAAGAAGGGAUAUUUGUGGUGGUGGUAUGCAGCCGAGUGGAAAACUGGGAUCUGAAGGUAGCCAAAACCUCGUGGAUGCUGAAUGCUGCUGCGGGCUACCUCGUGGAUGGAUGCCGAGUUGUCAAAGUCGAUGGCCUUCGUAAGCUGGAUGAUGGUGCUCUGGAACAACAGUUGUACAGCAUGUUUGGAUGGUUGCAGCUCUUCCGUGUCUAUCAAGUGAUUGUGAACACGAAAGAUGUAGAAGAAGGGAAAGUCUGCCAUCAGAUUAUGCCUGCCGACAAUAUAACUGGUUAGGUUGUAUCAUUGGCAAAGAGCAUCGAAUCAACGGUGAAAUCUGGAUUCUAACGGCUUGUGGAACCAGCAAUACCGCACAUGACAGACCAGUACCGGUAGUGGUGUACCGGUAUGAGUGAGUAGUCUAAGGGCCGACGAAUUAGAGUGGCUUUCUUUGUGUUAGUCGCCUCAACUGAAGUGCCCCUACGAGAAGCGGUACGCCUGAUGGUGCCUUGGCAAAGAGUUAUGAUAAGUCCACCAAGGCUGGGUGAGAUUGAUUCCUUGGAAUGUUCCCACAUCACAAAGGAAUACAAUACUUGAUAGAGCCUAGCUACGGUAGCUAGUUCUAGCCAUGGUGGUACCUUAUUAGAAGGUCGUACCAGGUGUACAGAGGCGCCAAUUGACGAGUCAUAGUCGAGUGUAGUGGUACCGUUAAGUCUAAAAUGCUGCCUAGCUAGCUAGAGUCAUGUUCCAAAGUUUAGGCAUUGUACAUUAUUUCGUCUCCUG